AUGAAUACUGAGGUUCGCUGAUCAGUUUUAUAUGCCCGCUAAGUUUAUGUUACCGCUCUUAACACGCCAACAGCGUGUUCUUUUCGAUUGAGCCUACAAGAAGGCAUUCAAACUCAGUUAGUCCACUUACUGUUCAGUUCAGUUUAUUGAGUGAAUAGCGUGAGCCCUUGAGUACCCUAUUUGCAACGUAAAAUUUGCGGCGAUGUACAGAGAAAAUAUGUGAUCUGAAAUAAUUCAAAUAGCCCAUAGUGGUAUGGAAAAUUGAGCGCAUAAUCUAAGUUCUGUACAUUUUUUAUACCAUGUCAAAAGACUUAAUAAUCCUAUUGUGAUUGAAGUGCUAGUCCGGGACGCCGGUUUGUGUUAAGCAAACCUUUCUAAUAGAUCUGUCGGGUGAUCCUUGUCAACGUCCCGCCUAGAUCUUGCAAGGAAACGACUUCCGAUAAAGAAUUAAACGAAGUCUCUCGUUUAUGUGUGGGCGCCAAUGUCCUUGGACGUCCUCGCCGCUUGUUUGCAGCGGACAUGCUGUAGCUUUCCUUAUUUUACCUCCCUGUUGGCGGCGACUUAGAAUAUAUCGGUCUCUUUGACGCGUCACCCCAGCCAAAUACUACUUCGUGCUUUCUUUCGAUGUCCUUCGCUGCGUUCAUUUCGGUAUCCAUAACUCCUUCACAGGUAUGAGUUUUCAAGCUGUCGAGCUAACUUUGCCAUAUUCAGCGGAUUAAGGGACAAAUCUUAGCAUUGCUUUAGGUAGUAUUAAUUAUUUGAAGUAUCACGGUUCCGACUUCAGCAACACUUGUGGAGCAUUGCCAUCAUAAAAACUAGAUAAUCCCCCAAGUUUGGCUCGAUCGUAUUUUCUUUAUCAGAAAUUACUAACUUUACUGUUCGUUUUUGAUUAGGUUGAAAAUAGCCGUUUUUACUGCACUUUAGGGCUCUGUGGGUAUUUGUGUCUCGCUAGUCGUGGGACAUUUCGCCAUAAUGCGCUUGCUCAUGGUUAGACGCCUACGCAACAAAAUAAUAAUCUACAAGGUCAUAAGCUGACGCGGUCAUGACAUGCAAAUGUUGCCCGUCACCUUAUAAAACUACAUUUGCCUCCAUAAGCUUACAGAUAAUGGUCUCGUUCGCCAGUUCAGCUGAACUGUCGACUUUGCCCAUGCCAUAUCUUCCGAUUCUUCAUGGUUAUCCACGACCUCUAUUAUUUGCCUCAUGUUUCGAAGUCCGCUGGAGUCAACGCGUCCAGGCUUCCAUUAAUUGCUUAGAUGUAAAUUAUGCGGACCGGUGGUCUAGGAAAAAGUAAAGAAAUACGUCUUUUCUUCUCGAACUCGUGAACCUGGAGACCUAAUCUUAUUAGCACUGGCGGUAUGCACACUGCCCUUCUAUGGCAUCGUCCUUUUUUGCCCUUCGGAAAUCCGACUGCUGGCGUCAUCCACCGCCCCUUUUGCAGUGAUAUGCAUGUAAACCGGUUUGAUAUGCUGUUGUAUUUCUGCAACUUUGAGAGUGGACAAGACGCUCAUGACCUUUGGAGCCCCUCUGCCCGGGUUACCCAUAUGCAACUAAAAGACUAUUACAAACGACAGUGUUACUAUCCGCACCCCCGUCAAUACAGAUACCGACGUAGGCGAGGAGCUAUACGAUCAGCUUCACAGAGUUUUAUUAUCGACAACAAAUUGGUUGCAGGAGAUGUAAACAUACACACUGACAAAGUUGGCCGUACAGCCCAUCGCCUCCUCGGAGCCUUUGUGAUGAGCAGUCAGCUGGACAAAUGGGAUCGACUCCUUAGUUCCCCGAAACCAUUCGGCCAAGAUUCAUUAACACCUGGUCCCAGCACUCGAAGAAACCUUAGCCUACCUGAUGUUCCAGUGACCUGGGAACUACCAUGCGAAAUUAUUACAUUACAUUAUGGGCAAAAUGGUUUCGCAAUGUCUCUCAUCAUGUGGAGUCGAGAUAGGCUGCUAAUAUGGCUUAGACGUAUCCGCUCUUGCGUCUGAGUUUUUAAGAAAGCUUCAGCCUCAAAAAAAUCGACGUUCACAAGCGUUAAGGCAACGGAAGAGUCGACCACCAGCAAAAGCGACAUCAAAUGCCUUGUGUUACUGCGGAAUGAGCCGUAAUCAUGAACGUCAUUGUGUGGGCUUUGGUUACUCACAUAGACGAUAGCAAGUGUAAACCGUGCGACUUGACGUCUCUAAUAUCUGUAUGUUAUGCAGUUGGACAGAUCUGAUGGGGUACGGGGCCCUAAUGGACACUGGAGUUAACAUCAGGGAACCCGCUCACCUGGCCAUUUACACGAGAUUUAGUUUUUUGUUAGAAUGGACUUUAAUUGAUCAAAGUAGAUUCGGUGGCAUUUUAUCACACAGCUUCAUCGCCUGUAAGGAAUCCUGAUGUUGACGAAGUUAUAAUUACUGAGGAAUAUACUCCGCCGUUACUGGAAUCAGCACCGAUUACGUCUUGUUCGCGCGUCGCAAUACAAGCGGAAGCAACUGGGGAAAGCGAAUGAGGCUUUGAUGACAGAGCCAGUGUUUGUAAUAAGGUGUGUUUUGUAGAGAAGUCUGUGACCUUAGCAAUUUUCGUAAGCACUACGUUGAUCCAGUUGGGGCUAACGUUUUCUGGCAUCCAAAUAUGGGUCGUAAGCCGAAACGUCAGACGAAUAAAAUUAUCUCUCCAAUAAUUGCGUUUCCCUCUGUCCAACGGCUUCCCGAAACUUGCAUUUCUGCUGCAAUCGCCAAGUAGGCUCGUGUCCGACGAGUGGCAACUCGUAGGUCACGCAGCGAUACUACUUUAAGAAGUGGCUGAUCACCGACCUGGUGAAUCGGUUAUCAUUAAAAACGUCACAGCCGUUAGCAACACUUGGACAUGACGAAUUUUGCCCGCCAUCCAAUAAGGCUUUAUCAGUCGUAUUAUGAAUUAGAGCCACACUAAUAGUUCGGACUGGAUUGGAGACCUCAUCUGCACCAUAUUUCUGCACACGUCUAUGGAAGUGGCCUUACGCUGCACUGGAUUUUACCGGCAGACCCUGGAACACCUUUUGUUACCUGGCUGGCGCCUCAAGCUGCCGUGUGUGCUCUCUUUCCUGUCAUUAUCCCCACACAGCUAGUGACGUAAAACAUGACAAGCGGGAGAGAGUAGACGCGCCGAUCUGUCGAAAUGCCACAUCAGUGUAGCUGUGUGGACUUUGAACUAUUAAAACCCAGAAUGACGGCUCCUCAUACAUCAGAAGUGUGGGCAAUUUCUCUGGUAUGCACUGCGAGCUUGGAGUUGACUUCUAGUCUUCUGCUUUCGAAUUAGUGUUAAUAGGAUUCAAUCUGUGAUUUUCGUACGGUUUCCCCAGCGAAAUUAAAACGCUUGCCGAAAUUCCUUCUGGUGUUAGGGAAUUUUUCUAUCACAUCAUACGGCGAAAAGUUUUAAUCUGGGGUUUAUGGGCUACACUUACCCCAAGAUGUUUCAGCAGUCAGCUUUCCGCUAGCAUCACUGCUGCGAAUCUGCGGCUGUGACCUGAUUUAAAACUAUGCUGUCCUUCACGUACGUUUGUUUUGCCCAGAGAGCAAUCAUGCGUUCCUUCUCAUGCCUUUCGCACCAAAGUGGUUAAAAGUAGUUUUUCAGAGGGAUUUUUUGUGUUGUCAAUGAUUACUGACCCUAUAGUGGGCAAAUCAUCCUCCGUUUAAUCUCACGUUCAUUUUGUGGAUUCUUGGUGGCCCUUUUAUGAACAAACUUUUCAUGAUGAGGGAGACCGUGGUCUUUUUUCGGUUGAAUGGAUAUUUCGAAGCCAUUUGCACGCAAGACCUGCACGGGUUGAAACCCGGAAGAAGCAUUUGAUUUCGCUCCUUGAAUACCUGUGGAGGAAUCUUGUAGGAUGGGAAGAACCUAAUAGCGGUUACAACCAGAAGGCCUGCUUAUGGCCUAGUUUGGACAUUUCUUCUAGAUGUGCAUUGCAUAUAAUCCAACGUCGGUAGCCAAGAAAGCCGGACAUUUUUCUUAUCUUUAAAAUUACCCCUUCUCCUAGAAAAUGCAAUGUCGAAUCAGCGAAAUUACACGAACACACACACGUUUUCUAAUUUGGCCAGAAUGUUCGACAUAGGGCUACUUACCUUCGCAUAUUGUGUUUAAUUGUUGUAAGAGCAAAACACAUUUGCCCGCUGUAAAGUAACGCACAAAAGUAAACUUUCGAUCAGGUUUAUUUUUCCAUGGUCGGUUAUUAUUAAUACUUGCUACUGGGGUAUCGCUUUCAUCGUCAUUCUGAAAGGGAGGCUGGUUUUUUCUGUUCCGUUCAGGGCCAGGUGAAAUGCAACUUUUGUAACGGAUUCUACGACUUUGGCAGUGACCAACCAGUCUGUUCCACCUGCCACGCGUUUGUUUAUGAUUUCUCCACGGACUCCUUUGAGGACAGUUGUUCAGCGAAGGAGAAGGAGGCCUCAAACGACAGCGGCAACGAGGAGCCUGAACGCGUUUCUGAUUUUUUUCCUCUAGGCGUGUCUCAGGAAAACCUCCGAUAUCCGCCGAACACUACUGCACCCACCCCGUCUGUUUUUCACACCCCCGCAGCGCACCCACGCCCUUCACACAGGACUUGUCCUUACCGCCAGCAGAAUUCUCAUGGAAGCAGUGACUGUUACCGUCUCUCGGUUUCUGAUCAGCCGCCUUCUAACCCAUCCACAUCAUACUCCCUUGAGAGCCUGCCCGUAGAGGUGCUGCUUCGAAUUGUGGACUAUCUGGAUGACGUCUCUGUGUGGACUCUGCGCGUGGCCUCACAGAGGUGCUGUUCUAUAAUCGACAGUGAAAUCCCAGAGCAGCGUUGGGCAGAAUUCGUGGCCCAUCGCUGGCCAAUCUUUGUUCCGCGCUACCGGGUCUCCUCCUGGCGUCUGCUCUACCUAAACAUGAUGGAAAGCGUCACUUGCCGACUUUGUUUGAGUCGGCUGCAUUCCCCUGUCCUCUUUCCGGUCGAGGGUCCCGACAGGCGCUUCAGACGGAUAGUAUCGGAGAUCAAGAGCCUCUGUGCCGACCCGCCUUAUGGCAUUAAAGCUAUGGCAUUGGACACGGCAACUUAUGCGCACUGUCUGGCGGGCAUAGCUGGCCCUCCGGGAUCUCCCUACGAGGGCGGCCUUUUCUACGUUCACAUCCUGAUCCCGGAUAGUCAUCCCAUGCGUCCGCCUGUCAUCAGAUUCCUUACUCGCAUUUUGCAUCCAAACAUCAGUUUUCACGGCGACAUCGGUUUGGACUGUAUUCGCCACAACUGGAGUUUGGCGCUGACCCUAGACAAACUGCUUCUGAGUGUACAAUCCCUUCUAACUGAUCCCUACACCAAGGUUUGUAUGGAACCGGCUAUCGGCGCUCUGUACAAUCGUGAUCGAGACAAAUUUGAAGAACUUGCAAAACUGUGGACAUGGAAGUUUGCCUGUCACGACUACCUGUCAACGUCGUUUGUGUCGCAGGUCUCAUUACCGGACUUUACGACUUGGUAG